GCGCUUCUCGUUGCCAGGCGGGGGUGGGAGGCCCAUUCGGCUGGCUGCGGGGUAAGAUGGCGGAGGGGGUGCUGAGCCCCGGGGUGAACCUGGAGGCUUUCUCCCAGGCCAUCGCCGCCAUCCAGGCGCUGCGCUCCAGCGUCACCCGGGUGUUUGACUGCCUGAAGGACGGGAUGCGGAACAAGGAGACGCUGGAGGGCCGCGAGAAGAGCUUCGUCGCCUGCUUCCAGGAGAGCCUGCACUCGGUCAGCCGGGACUUGAGUGAGCUGGAACGUCUGAGCAAUCUAGUAGGCAAACCAUCUGAGAACCAUCCUCUCCAUAAUAGUGGAUUGUUGAGCCUAGAUCCUGUACAGGACAAAACUCCUCUCUACAGUCAACUACUUCAGGCCUAUAAAUGGUCAAACAAGUUGCAGUACCAUGCAGGGUUAGCGUCUGGCCUUUUGAAUCAACAGUCUUUGAAACGUUCUGCCAACCAGAUGGGAGUAUCUGCAAAACGGAGACCAAAAGCCCAACCUACAACUCUUGUUUUACCACCUCAGUAUGUUGAUGAUGUGAUCAGCCGCAUUGAUAGGAUGUUCCCUGAAAUGUCUAUCCAUUUAUCCAGGCCAAAUGGAACCUCUGCAAUGCUUCUGGUUACCUUAGGAAAAGUGCUAAAAGUGAUCGUGGUGAUGCGGAGUCUCUUCAUUGACCGGACAAUAGUAAAAGGAUAUAAUGAAAAUGUCUACACUGAAGAUGGCAAGGAGAUGGGGGCCAGGACGAAGCCUGAAGCCAUGUGGCCAGAGCCUGGGGCCUGCCACUGCGCAGCCAGAGCCCAGGGCUGGAGCCUGACAUCCUGCAGCCAGAGCUUGCUGCCCCGCCACCCCAGGACUGAAGCCCAAAGCCUGAGCCCCAGCACUCCUGGGAAGGUUGAUAUAUGGUCCAAAUCCAACUAUCAGGUUUUUCAGAAGGUGACAGAUCAUGCAACCACUGCUUUAUUGCAUUACCAGCUGCCCCAGAUGCCAGAUGUGGUGGUCAGAUCCUUCAUGACCUGGUUAAGAAGUUACAUAAAGCUGUUCCAGGCUCCAUGCCAACGCUGUGGAAAGUUUUUGCAGGAUGGCCUUCCACCUACGUGGAGAGAUUUCCGAACGCUUGAGGCUUUUCAUGACACUUGCAGGCAGUAGUAGCCCGACCCAGUCACUGUCUUGCAAGAAGGCAAGCGAAUGGGACUUAUGGACAGAACAGGCCUUCAGAUGAGCUCUGAAGAAUGCUGAUGGUUCAUUAGUUGAUUCCCUUUCUGAACAUUAAUAUGCACCAUUCCCUCCUUUAGUGAAGUUUUCUUACUGAGUAGUAAAGCAGCACUAUGCAUUUGGCCAUUAAAAAAUAAGUCUCUGUCCAAGGUACUAAUGAGGCUUUUAUUUUAUUUUAUUUUAUUUUUACUUAAAUUAAUGCACAAGGGAAAAGGUGGGAAAAAGCUACUGUUAUAGGCACAUCAUAUGUGGUCAUAUUGGGGUGUUCGUGCUGAAGUCCAUUCUCUGGGAACUGUCAGUUGUAGUCAUUGUCAUGAAUAACUGGUAUUUUAAUGAGAAUAUCCAUGUACAAUGUACAUUUUGCUACAGAAUUCACAAUGGAGGCAAACUUAUUUUUAGUGAACUAUAAAUAACUUUGUAUUAAAAAAAGUACGUGUCAUUUACUUUGUUACUCUGUAACACAAUUUAGGUUCAUUUUGUGUGUGUUUCAGAGUUUUUGACUUUUUAAAAACCUGGAAUAAUUAAAAAACAGUGCUAUUAGAAUUUUUUUCUUUGCAAGGAUGGUUCUUUGUGCUGCUCUUAUUCUGGAAGAGAGUAUAGUGUUGAUAAACAUGAAAUUUCAAAGGCAUGUGGCAGCUUGGAAGAUGGAUUGUACUUUUUGAGAGAGGAAACAGAUGUUUCCCUUUACUAAAAUUGUAAUGAAAAAUGUUAACAAAAUCUGCGGGUGUUGAGCGAUUA